AUGUUGUCUCAGCCAGCCACUGAACUGAUCAAGGAAAUUUCAGUACUAGAGCUUGAAGUUGGGCAUGUGGAGCAGUAUCUUGUCUCGCUCUAUCAACAAGCAUUUGAUCAACAAGUAACCUCUACAUCUCCAUCUACGAAAGAAAGAGGACCAAAAUCACCCAAAACUUCUGCAAAAGAAAAAUCUGAACUAUGGUCUGGAGUUGGUAUAAUGUCAAAUGUGGAGAAACCUUCUCUUAGAUCUACUUGCAUAAAUCCACAGAAGGACUUGAAUGAUCUAGGUGGUGAGGAUAGACUAGUAGAAUCUGAUAUAUAUUGCAAGCUUGCUGACCCUCCACUUUUAGAUCAUGGACUCUCAUCACCCACAUCAUCAUCGUCAUCAAUGAGUGCAUUUUCUCCAAAGGAUCAUACUGGAAUGUGGAGUCCAGGGCUCAAGAAAUAUUCAUCUCUUGAUGAGCGUUUGGAUAACCCUUUCCAUGUGCAAGGGCUUAAGGAAUUCAGUGGGCCUUACAGCACGAUGGUUGAGGUGCAAUAUAUAUAUAGAAAUGAUAAAAAGUUGGAUGAAGUUGAACACAUGCUACAAAACUUCAGAUUUCUUAUAUCUCGUUUAGAAGAAAUAGAUCCUAAGAAGAUGACACACUCGGAGAAGCUAGCUUUCUGGAUCAACGUACACAAUGCUCUAAUGAUGCAUUGGCUUCGGCUGUUGCUAUCUUCAAAGUCAAAAUUUAAAUCGGGGGAUGAACGACAGGCAUACUCAAUCGAGCAUCCAGAACCACUUUUGCAUUUUGUUCUUUGUUCUGGAAGCCAUUCUGAUCCAGCGGUUCGAUUUUAUACACCAAAGUCAAUAGCAAAGGAAUUGGAAGCUGCAAAAGAUGAGUACAUUCGAGCUACCUUUGGUGUGAGUAAAGACCACAAAAUCGUGCUGCCAAAAAUUGUGGAAUCUUUUGCCAAGGAUUCUGAUUUAUGCACAACUGGCUCAGUGGAGAUGAUCCAGAAGUCUCUACCUCAAUCUGUUCCGAAGAGCAUAAAAAAAUGUCAAUUGUAG